AUGGCUUCUAGCAGAAUUUUCAACGAACUUCCCAGGGAUAUCGCUGCUAUCGAAUACCAUAGCAAAACCUACAUCUUCUUUGUCAAUUCCAACCAUGAACUUUGCUACCUUCUUUCUCCCAAUGGAAAUACUCAAGACUUUGAACAUCACAUCGUCAAAGUCACAAACGGGAAACUGAAAGUCAAGUGCGGAAGUAGACAAAUCGCUGCAAUGGCUUGGAAAGGCGAGAGACAACAGGAGAUCCGCAUUUACUGCGUCGCCCCUGAGAAUGGACAAUGUGAGAUGCGAGGUUAUAUCCAGGAGGUGGCCUUUAACAAGACCAAUGGAUGGGAGUUGGGUACUCUCGGUGAUGAUAAUCCCAAGACUUGGAUUGACAACGACGCCGUUCUUUCAGCUUCUGCCCUUGUUUGGCCGGAUAACAAGGCAGAUCUUUCGCUGUUUGUCUCAGGAAAGGAUGAGUGGGGACGUCCAAAGGUGGUAAGAUAUUACUAUGAUUAUGCUACCAACGGUGGUACCUGGCUGAAGGACGGUGUCAUCAGCAAGAAGGUAUCCGAUUGGUAG